UGAGGAUUCCGCCCUGCCUGCUGUUGGCGUGGGAGGGGCCCUUGGGUGUGUUGAAAACCCUGAGGAUCCAGCUCCCCGAAGGCUCAGAUAAACUCUCAGGGGAUUUGGGAGAGACCUCUGGAUUCCAAAAGCAGGAGCUUCAGAAGUGAGCCGCGUCCGCCCUGGGCGGAAGGUGUCUGAUUUUAGAUCUUUUCUUAGCUUCACCAGAGUACGUGUUUUCAGUUGUGCUUUGAACGCAGACUUUACAUGACACUGGAUUCACCCUCCGUCCCUCUGUCUCUGCCCUUCUUUCCCCGAGGGAGUUCCCUUCAUUCACGUGGUUGCGGCUGGCUUGGCACCACCACAUCCACAUGCCCGCCUGUAGGAAGGGGCAGAGGAGAGGCGAGGACCAGCCUUUUUAGGUGACGUAAUCCAGAAGUUGUGCAGCUCGCUUCAGCUCACAUCCCGUUGACCUGAACGUAAUCUUACGGCGUCUCCUUGCUGCGCAGUCAUCCGGAAAGUGCAGCCUCUCUCAGGGUAGCCUUGUUCCCUGCCAGAAUUCCCCAGGGAUGGGGACCAGAUUGUAUUGCCGAAGACAGGAGGGGAGGAGGGAUAGUGAGGAGAAGUCAUCUUUGCCUUCGAUAGCAGCCCAGAGAGAGCGGUGUUCUAUGUCCGGGAGAGGAGACAGUUUUUAGAAAUAGGUGUGGUCAGAGGGUGGAGAGGUCCAGUGGGCAAAGAGGAAAUAGGCCGUUUGGAACUGACUGGCUGCUGGUGAGCUUACAUAGAGCGUUUAGGUCAGGGCUGUGUACAAUUGUAAUGGUUUCAGGAAUGGUUUGCGGCAUAGCGUUUCCGAAAUUUUUUCUUGGGGAUAGUGCCAUGGACAAUGUUUUAUUGUUAUACAAGUUUAUGGUGCGUGAUGGGGACUCCAUGGAAGGGCUGAUUCCAGCCCCCAGAAAUCUUGGAAUAGGGGAAGCGUGCCUGGGGAUUCCUUUUUCUUAAACUGUGUCCCUAGGAAGCCCUCAGCAAAGAGAAUACCUUCCCCGAAAGAAGAAGGAAAACUAGUUAUAGUCGAGAACAUGUAUUUCCUUUUCACUCUGUGAGCUUCCCUGCCUGACUGACUUACCUCCCUCUUUAGACUGGACGGUGCCUGGCUGUAAAAGCUUAGCUGGAAUCCUGAUAUUAAACACAGACAAAAAUGACUCUGCGGGGGGUGAAGCAGGGGCGCUUGGCAUUGCUGUGGUGCUCAGCUGGAGGGAGAAAGAGCAGAAACCUAGAAGGUCCAAAUCCUGAACAGUUACCACGAAGUCAGCAGAUGACCAGUCACGAGCCUGGGCUGAUGCAGUUGGUGAAUUACUACAGGGGGGCAGACAAACUGUGUCGCAAAGCUUCUUUAGUGAAGCUCAUCAAGACAAGCCCAGAACUGGCUGAGUCCUGCACGUGGUUCCCCGAGUCCUAUGUGAUUUAUCCAACUAAUCUCAAGACCCCAGUUGCUCCAGCACAGAAUGGAAUCCACCCACCGAUCCACAACUCAAGGACAGAUGAAAGGGAAUUCUUCCUGGCUUCUUAUAACAGAAAGAAAGAAGAGGGAGAGGGCAACGUUUGGAUUGCGAAGUCAUCGGCCGGUGCCAAAGGUGAAGGCAUCCUCAUCUCUUCAGAGGCUACAGAGCUUCUGGAUUUCAUAGACAACCAGGGCCAGGUGCAUGUGAUCCAGAAAUACCUUGAACACCCUCUGCUUCUGGAGCCAGGUCACCGCAAGUUUGACAUUCGAAGCUGGGUUUUGGUGGAUCAUCUGUAUAAUAUCUACCUCUAUAGAGAGGGCGUGCUUCGGACUGCUUCAGAACCAUAUCAUGCUGAUAAUUUCCAGGACAAGACCUCCCAUUUGACCAAUCACUGCAUUCAAAAGGAGUACUCCAAGAACUAUGGGAAGUAUGAAGAAGGGAACGAAAUGUUCUUCGAGGAGUUCAAUCAGUACCUAACAAGUGCUUUGAACAUUACCCUGGAGAAUAGUAUCUUACUACAAAUCAAACAUAUAAUAAGAAGCUGCCUCAUGAGUGUGGAGCCUGCCAUCAGCACCAAGCACCUCCCUUACCAGAGCUUCCAGCUCUUUGGCUUUGACUUCAUGGUGGAUGAGGAGCUGAAGGUCUGGCUCAUUGAGGUCAACGGCGCCCCUGCUUGUGCUCAGAAGCUUUAUGCAGAGCUGUGCCAGGGCAUCGUGGACAUAGCCAUAGCCAGUGUCUUUCCGCCCCCAGACGUGGAGCAGCAGCCGACCCAGCCGGCUGCCUUCAUCAAGCUGUGACCUAGGGAGGUUCUCAGAGCUGCUUCGGAAGAAGCAUGGAGUCCUGCUCCAGGGGAAGGUGAAAUCUCCUGAUAGUUCGUCGUCAAGCCAAAACAGGAGAGGGAGGCAACUCGCAAGGACAUGAUGGAAGAGAGAGCAUGAGAAGAAAAGGCGACUUCUCCAAAGGGUGGUUGCUCUGGGUUCCCAGGUGGAGCUCUCAGCACUGCUCUUGAGAUUUGAAAACUGCAGUGAUGUGGCCUCCUGAAAAGGACGGGAGAGCAAGUAUUCUGCUACGGGGAAAGAACAGAGAUUUGAUUACUUAUAUUCUCAUCCUUUAAAGAGUCUGCUUUUUAUCCUAAGGCAGCACUGCGAGCAGCGCCUCUCCUCCAAGGACUGCAGACCGUCGGACCUUUGGUUGGUGUCUUUCCACCUGCUGCAGCUUUAGUGCCUUAGCUCUAUGCCCAGCUGCAACCCUCCUGUCUGGGACAGGGAUUGGAUGUGAGAGCAUUGGGGAGGUUGCUGAUGUGUUCCCUGCUCGUCCCCCUCCAUGACACUCUGCCCCACGAACAUCUGGACAAGCAUGCACCAACAUCCUUGGUUUUGUGCCGUGCGCUGCGUCGCAGCAAAGGAGAUUUUCCUCAUCACGUUCCUGAUGGCGUUGGGUCAAUCACCUGUCAGGGUUGGUGUGGGAUGGACACCAAACAGCAAACGCUGCUCUCAGUCUGCUCUCUGCAUGUUUCAGAAACCAAGCGGCAGGUCUGCUGCAAACCCGUAAGCAUCAUAUAAGCAUGAGAGAGAAAAACACGACGUCUUGCUCUACUUACUAGUUGGCUGUGGUAGGUCUUUGAAAUAUGAUUGUCACUUAUCUUUGUUUUAACCAGAAUUCUACAUGCACUUUUGCAAAGUUCCCUUUUCUUUACUUUUUGUUUUUAUUUCUGUUUUAACUUUUGUAAAAACCCCUCUAGGGGUCAGGAGAAGGCAGAAUUGUGCUCCCCCCACCGAGGUGGCACUGCCCCAGACACAGGGAGCUCCCCCCAGUGCAUCCUCCUUGCUCCGCAGGCACUUUGUGCAGGAGCUGGAGGGGCAGGUUUCGUUCCAGGGAGGAUUCUCUGUCUGCUUGUGCCUCUCAGCAUCAGGGAGAGGCUCUGAAUAAGUCUGAGUAAGCGUAUGUCUUGCCUGAGUGGGAGUCUCCUAAAAUGGGACAGAAGUGGUUUCAGAGCACCACACGGCAUCUUGUAAGUCAACAGAUGUGUCCCGUUAGGUGUAGUUUCCACUUACUGGAUCGACGAAUGUUCUGUAGGCUUUUCAGGAGGCCACCUCACAAGCAGUGGGAAGAAGAAGAUGCCGUUUGUGUCGAGUGUGAGCUGAGUGAACAGGCCCUCCGUUGCGUAUCCUAGGACUCACAGCAGACCCAUUGCAAAGGCACCCUCCGCCCCAGAACGGGGUGCGGUCUUCCCUCGUGCACAUCUGUGCUCCGUUAUUCGUUUCUACUUGGCACAAGAAAACAGUUCUGCGGUCAGGGGAGACUUUUAAAAAGAGAAGAAAAAGCAACACCUCCUCAAACAUGAUGAGAUGUAGCAGCUUACAGUGAAAAAAGGAAUAAUGAUAAAAAUUACUUAGUAGAUGUAGCAGUGGGUGUGUAGCAUGUGAAAGCGUUACGUUGAGGUGAAGUGGAGAAAGGCCCCACUGGAGUGGGAAUUUGGAAUCAAAAAUAAAAGUUUUGGUGGUUACCCAGAAUACAGAAAAUUAAGUUUGCAUCAGAGCGAAAUAAAACAGUCAGUGGUAAAAGUCAAUCCUGGAGGCCCAGCACAGCGGAUGGGUUGGUGUUUGCGGACUUCUGAGCAGGUCAGGGGGAGAUGCUCACCCACUUAGUGUAGGGCACUGGGUCCUUGGGAGGUCUGUGAUGGGGAAAGCAUGGAGGUUUUGUGAUGCUGUCACAUGCUCACGCAGACUCGUAAUGAUCUUUUGGACCUAAAUUACAGCGACAUUGGAGAGUUUUCCAGCUCUUAGUGACAGAGCUAAGAGUUCAGGUGUUAGGAAGUCUGUGGAUGUUGAUGGAUUUCCUAAGAAAACUGAAUCAAUAGUAUAUAUGUGAGGGAAGUAAGGCUUUAAAGAAAAAAAGUUAUGCUUUUUUCCUCACUUGGUUUAAAUAAGUAUUUUUAUGCAUUUAUUUCUGAUCAGGUGGGAUGGUCGGCUCAGAACUGUUCCAUACCCUUCCAUGAAACCCUUUGCACAGAAGGUCGUGCCUCGCUCUGCAGUCAGUCUCCAUAUGUGUAGUCUGUGUCCAUGUCUCUGUUGUUGGGGAGGAGGUGUGACUCAUUCGGAGAUGCUGAUUCCAACCUUGGCUCUGUCGUUUGGCUGCUGGUGUCAGAUGGGCCCAGUCACCUGUCUGUGCCUUAGUUCUUACCUCAUGGAAGAGUUUGUUGCCUGACCCAGGGACUACCUCAAGGGCUUUUCGUGAGGACAGAUGAGAUUAGGAAGACUCAAGAACCUUUCGUACCAAGGUUCUCAAAGCUGACUUCAUGCUGGAAUCACUUGGGAAGCUUUUUGUAAAUGCUGGUGUGCAUACCUUCCCUCUCCCCCAACCCCUGACAAUUAAAUGAGAACCUCAGGUAUCUCUGAGAUGCCUUGAAGCACUGCUUGAGAAGGAAGGACAAACACAUUAUUACUUUGGAAGAAGCAGAUAAGGCCUAGGGCUUUUUAAAAAAUUGCUUUUGGAAGAACAGGCAUUGCUUUAAGAAUGGACCAGACGUUGACACAUGUGUUCAUGAUACAAGCAAGUGCUGCUUAAGCUGGUUCUCUCUUUGCUCCUCAUCACAGCAUUCGGAACCUCAGACAUGCCCUCAUCUAUCCAAACAGUUCAUGAAGCCUUGACAACAAAUGUAAACACAUGAAUUUAUAAAUCUGUUAAAUAUGCAUUAAGGUUAUUAAUUAUUAUUACUAUUUUUUCUUCUUCUCCCCAAAGCCCCCAGUACAUAGUUGUAUAUUCUAGUUGUAGGUCCUUCUGGCUCUGCUAUGUGGGACACCGCCUCAGCGUGGCUUGAUGAGUGGUACUAGGUUUGUGCCUGGGAUCGGCACUGGUGAAACCCUGGGCCGCUGAAGCGGAGCGUGGAAACUUAACCACUUGGCCAUGGGGCGGCCCCUAAUGAAUUAUUGAGAGAAAAGCUCCUUCCCCCACACUUGACUCCUGUGGUAAUUAUAAACUCCAUUUUACCCAGAACGUUUAAGUGCCUCCGUGUCUGUAUGACCCAGUGGAGCAGGUGCUGGUGGACUUACAGCUGACGUGAUGUUUCACUAGCGCCUCAGGAUGGUUAUCACCGACUUGGAGUAUCUGGUAGUGCUGGAAAUGUACGGCAUCCUCAGAACCUGCCGGCGGCAGUGGAGCUACCAAGUGCGCUUUCGUGGCCAGUCAAAGCUGUGCCAGGCAGGGGUGAUCCAGUCCUGUGGUGGGUGUCAGGGGGGCUCUGUGAGAUAAGACAAGGUGCCAUAGUGGGUCUCCUGCAGCAGAUGGGUGCUGUGGAGAAAAUUCAAUGAUAUACUUGUCUCUGAUCCUGGACACAGAAUCUGUACCUAAAAGGAAGUGACUUCUGAAAUAAGGCAAUUUUAUGAAUGUUUAAAAUGCCUGGAGCAUUAAAGUAAAGUAAUGAUAUCUCAA